ACUCAUCCCCAACUCUCUCUCUCUCUCUCUCUUGCUUUUCAGCAGAACUUUUAUGCAGGAGGUCUUCCGUUACAUUGACUGGUGUUUUGUUUGAUCAUCACACAGGUGUUGGAGUUGCGUUUUUAAGGACAGAGAAAAAGGGUUUCUUUUACAUUGGCGUUGAUCGGAGGGAUGAAAAAGAGAGCAAGAACAGCUUGGAAAAAAGAAGAUUAUUCUGAAGAAUGGUGCUUCGUCUGCAAAGAUGGUGGCGAGUUGAUUAUCUGUGAUCAAAAGGAUUGUUUCAAAUCAUAUCAUCCUGAAUGUGUAGAACUGGAUGAUUCAUCUGCCAAAGCUAAAAACCGGUUUAUAUGUGAUCUGCAUAGAUGCGAGACUUGCAGUAGGACUUCUGAUGUUGUCCAAUGUUAUUGCUGUCCAAAAGGUGUAUGCAGACGCUGUAUCAAGUCUGCGGACUUUGUUCAUGUAAAAGGGAAGAAAGGAUUCUGUGAACACUGCUUGAAGCUCACGUUGCUCGUGGAAGAAAAGAAGGAUGUUGACUCUGAUGGGGAAAUGGUUGAUUUCAACAAUCGGAACACUUAUGAGACUCUGUAUAAGGAAUACUGGGAGAUUAUUAAUGCUACGGAAAAGUUGACUCUUGAGGAUCUAACAUCUGCCAAGGCUCAAUUGAAGUCGGGAAAGAAUUACGAUUCAGAUAAGUAUGAUGAUAGUGAUGAGUACCAAUGUUCAGAUUAUGAAGAAAAAGAUGAUGACAUGGAACCACAUGAUUCGGGAAAGAAAAUAAAAAGAUCCAAGCCAGAGCCAUCUGAGAAGACAGACAAGACGAAAGGCAAGGCAAAAGGCAAGGCAAAAGGCAAGACAAAAAGCACACCGAAAUCAAAAAAGAAAGAGUUCACCGACUGGGGGUCAACACGUCUCAUGCAAUUUCUUACAAAUAUAGGGAAAGAGACAGUUCAUGCGUUAUCUCAACGGGAACUGGAAAAGAUCAUAAAGGGAUAUAGUAAGGAGAAAAACCUUAUUCAGAAGAACAAGAUGGUUGAGUGUGACGCAUGGUUACAGUCUAUUUUUGGGCGAAAAACGGUGAAGCUUAACAGAAUAUAUGACCUUUUGGAAUCUCAUUUGGCGGAGAAUCAAGUGUCAUCAGAUGAAGAUGAACUAGGAUAUGAUUCAGAGGACAUGGAUCAAGACGAUGAGGACUUGGUGGUCAAUAAGAGGAAGAAAAAGAACAGCGGCGAUAAAAUAUCAGAGAAGAAAGAGGCCGUGCUUGAUGUUGCAAACUUCCAUUUUGCAUCGAUCGUUCCUGAAAACAUCAGGCUUGUAUACUUGAGAAGGAGUUUAGUGCAGAAAUUAGAACAAGAACCUGAGACUUUCGAGAGUAAGGUAAUUGGAAGUUUUGUGAGAGUUAAAGAAGAUGUAAGUGGCUGCUUUUCAAAGAGUUAUCAGCUUGUGCAAGUAACAGGCAUAAAAAAAUGCUUGGGUGGUGAAAAUGGCCAAACCUUUGUGCUGCAAGCAUUAGAAACAGAUAUCUCCAUCACUUUGCUGUCAGAUGAUGAGUUCUCUGAGGAAGAAUGUGAAGAUUUGAAAAAGAAAGUGAAAUCUGGCAUACUUAAAAAGCUUACAUUGGUUGGAGUUGAAGAGAAAGCUAAGAGUCUGCACAAGGACAUUGUAACACAUUGGAUUCCCCGAGAGCUGGCUUUAUUGAAACACCGUAUUGAUCAAGCGAAUGAAAAAGGAUGGAGAAAAGAGCUAUUUGAGUAUUUGGAAAGAAGGCAAUUCCUACAGAAUCCGACAAACCAGACAAAGUUACUAGAAAAGGUCCCUACUGUGGUUCCAGACAUUGAUGAAGCUGGACCUGUUGAAGAUGACAAGAAAGACUCACCAAAAUCUGGUCUAACACAUACGUCGUCUGGAAAUUUUAAAGACAAUGGGAUUGCUUCAGAAGAGAGCAAACAUGAAGUACCUGCAUCUGAAAAAUAUGCAAUGGCAAUGAAACUGCAGAAGUUUUUUGGUUCCAUGGAGUGGCAAGACAACUCAAAGAAACCAUCUGUUGUCAAAAAUCCAACACAAUUGUUUGAAUCUAGUGAUGAUAUUGAUAUAAGCAAGGAGGAGCUUCAAGACACUGAAAGCUCUCAAUGGUAUGUUACAAGCCCACGUGGCGAAAAGGUAGGGCCCGUCUCAUUGUCGGUGCUUAAGAACUGGAGCCAAACCCGAGCUGCAUCAGAAUCUAAGAUUUUCAAGACAAGUCAAAGUGAAGAAAAAGCUAAACCGUUAAAUGCUGUGCUCUGGCGUGCUUUUCCUAGAAACUAAUUAAUGUUUAAAGGGUUCGAUUGAAACUUGUGAUUGGACGCCCGUUAAUGGUUAACUAUAUUAUAAGGAAUUAAGGGGACCAGAUGUUUGGGGACAAGGGUGGGUGUUUAUAUCUAACAAAUGGUAAGACUGGUCUCUCUAUGUUUGAA